UAAAAGCACAGUGUAUGUGUCAAACUUGCCUUUCUCACUGACCAACAAUGACUUAUACAGGAUUUUUUCCAAGUACGGAAAAGUUGUAAACUGCAUGCAGACCUGGGAAAGACCUGACCAGUUUCCCUGAGGAUUCCUCCCAAGACACUCAGGCAGCAUGGAGGACCACGUGGUGGAGGAAGUGGAGAAGAAUGGUCAGCAGGUGAGCAGGUCAGACAAGGUCACCGAGAGCCAAGAACUUUUUAUAACUUUGAAGACCAUCCUCUCCUCCCUGGACAUCUCACAGUUGGCACUGAUCCUAGGGAGGGCACUUCUGCGGGAACAGCAGUCAGCCUGCACUCCCUUGGCCCUGCCAGCUGUCCGCCUGGCACAAAUUGGCAGGAAAAAAUGGACUAGGGAAGAGGUAUUCAAGGAGCAAAUGCAAUCUGCCAACUUGGAUGGGGAACACUUAAAGUUACUAUUAUGAAGGACAAAGAAACCAGGAAGAGUAAAGGAGUUGCAUUUAUUUUGUUUUUGGAUAAAGAAUCUGCACAAAACUGUUCUCGGGCACUUAACAACAAACAAUUAUUUGGAAGAGUAAUAAAAGCGAGUAUUGCUAUUGACAAUGGAAGAGCAGCGGAAUUCAUCCGUAGGCGUAACUACUUCGAUAAAUCUAAAUGUUAUGAAUGUGGGGAAACAGGACACUUAAGUUAUGCUUGUCCUAAAAAUAUGCUAGGAGAGCGUGAGCCUCCAAAAAAGAAAGAAAAGAAGAAAAGGAAGAAAAUAGUUGAACCAGAAGAAGAACUUGAGGAAGAAGAAGAAAGUGAAGAUGAGGGUGAAGACCCUGCCCUGGAUAGCCUCAGCCAGGCCAUAGCUUUUCAGCAAGCCAAAAUUGAAGAAGAGCAGCAAAGAUGGAAACAGCCUCCAGGGGAACCUUCAACAUCUGACGAUUCAAGAAGGCCACGGAUUAAAAAAAGUGCCUAUUUUAGUGAUGAGGAAGAACUUAGUGACUGAUACGGAUAUAUUUUGUGUACAUUUGUACAGUAUUAAAGUUGUCUGUAAUAUAGCUUUGUGCUAAAGCUAAAGAAAGUUGCUGCUACAACAUAUACUAUUAUAAAUUAAACAUAGUAAUUUCUUAUACAGCAUCUGAUUUCAAAUAUCGUAUUUCUGAAUUUUUAAUUGAGCAUCCUGAGGUGGAUCUAGGUCAUUCAGUGUGUAACAUUGAGACCUUAAUUUAAAAUUUUAGCCCUGCAUAGAGGGACCAACUCAACGCUUAUACACCACUUAAUUUCUUUUUAAGGCCUAUUUGCAAGUGGAGCUUCAAUGUUGUAUUGUCCUUGCUUUGGUCCCUCCACAUAGGGCUGAAUUUCACCGUUUGUCACCAUUAUUCUAAAGUGUAGGAUGUUGUUAUUAUAGGAUAACUGCAGAACAGAAUCUAAACUGCCAACUGGUAUGUUAUAACUUGACAGUUUGUGAAACAAUUUAGCAAAUUGAUUUUGUUCAAGAGGAGCAUUAAAAGGCUUCUGUUUUUGUUCUGUAUCUAUGUACAGUUUUAAUAAUUAAUCAUUGCUUGUCAUAAACCUAUUGAAAAUACAAACUAUCUGGGAAUCACAAAAUUUAAGCGAAAUGUGGUGUUUUAAGAAUAUUGUUUACUGAAAAUCUUCAUGAGAAUUUUUUAAAGAUGACUGGCAAUUUUAUUAGCAUUACCUAAGAGGAAUAUGUGUAUUUUUAAUGAAUAUGCUUUCUUCUUUUUUAAAUAAAUAUUUGAAGACUCUCAGUGGGAUGAGGGCUUGCUGCUGUAUUCUGA